UCUCAAUGUCGUUCUUCAAGCGUAACGAUCCGAACGCCCCCGCAGCAAGGAGGACGGGCGAUGCCGGCGGAAACCCGUCGCCGUACGGCCGCCUCCCGUCGGAGAACAACUCGUACUCGACGCCGUCGCCCCAGCCGCAGCAGUACAGCGGUGGCGGAGGGUACGGCCAGCCCGCGCCGAGCGGGUACGGCCAACCUCCCCCCCGCGACUAUGGACAGGCUCCUCAGCCCCCUCCUCGCCAGCCCCAGCCGCAGCGCGGAUACGACGACUACGGCGCCGGCCACCACGAGAAGCAGGGCGGGUACGAGAAGCCCGCCGCCGCACAGCCGUCGCGCGGAUACCCCCAGCAGUCCCGGCAGCACCAGCCGCAGCAGAGCGGCGGUGGAGCAGCUGGAGCACCUCGAGUGUUCGGCGUGGUCAACUGCCCCAGCGGCCCGCUGGCACUGACCAACAAGCUCGUGGUGAACGCGCAGGACUGGCCCCAGGACGUCGAAUUCGUCAUCCUCCGCAACCGCUACAUCUUCUCCAUUCUCCGUGACCCCACAGGCACGAUCCAGCAGCGCACGCUCGGGCCCUCGCAGGCCAUGCGUAAGUGGAUUGGCUUGUCGGCCGUCGGCGACUCGGUCGAGGCCGAAGCGUACAGGCCCGGCAACGGCGAGUGGGCUAGCCAGGUUGAUCUUGAGGUCGGCCUCUUCAAGAAGCACCAGGCGGCUGCGGACCCCUUCGACUCUGAGGAGCUCGCCAAGUUCUUCACCCACACUUUCCAAAACCUCCCCCUCACCCCUCUCCAGACGCUUGUGUUCGACUACCGUGGAUAUGAACUCAAGGCCCUUGUUAGAAAUGUCGCCACCCUCGACGGAAGGGAGGGCGCCGCGGGUAUCAUCAUGGAGGGAACGGAGAUUAUCUGGCAGAAGGACCCUUCAAACCCCAUCAAGCUCAAGAACACUUCCAACCGUGCGCCGACGCAGGCGAUCCUGGCCCCCAACUUCAAGUUUGAGGACAUGGGUAUCGGAGGUCUGGACACCGAGUUCCAGUCCAUCUUCCGUCGUGCCUUCGCCUCUCGUAUCUUCCCCCCUGGCCUCGUUGAGAAGCUCGGCAUUCAGCACGUCAAGGGUAUCCUGCUCUACGGCCCUCCCGGUACCGGCAAGACGCUCAUGGCCCGUCAGAUCGGCAAGAUGCUCAACGCUCGCGAGCCCAAGGUCGUCAACGGCCCCGAGAUCCUCAACAAGUAUGUCGGUGCAAGUGAAGAGAACAUUCGAAAGCUCUUCGCCGACGCCGAGAAGGAGCAGAAGGAGAAGGGCGACGAGAGUGGCCUGCACAUCAUCAUCUUUGACGAGCUCGACGCCAUCUGCAAGCAGCGUGGCUCGACCAACAGCGGCACAGGUGUUGGCGACUCGGUUGUCAACCAGCUGCUGUCCAAGAUGGACGGUGUGGAUCAGCUCAACAACGUGCUGAUCAUCGGUAUGACCAACCGUAUGGACAUGAUCGACGAGGCCCUGCUGCGCCCUGGCCGUCUCGAGGUCCACAUCGAGAUUUCCCUCCCCGACGAGUCUGGUCGUCUCCAGAUUCUCAACAUUCACACCUCCAAGAUGCGCAACAACGGUGUCAUGGGUGACGAUGUCAACCUGGAGGAGCUCGCGGCUCAGACCAAGAACUUCUCGGGUGCCGAGAUUGGUGGUCUCGUCAAGUCAGCAACGUCAUUCGCCUUCAACCGCCACGUCAAGGUUGGAACGGUGGCAGCGUUUGACGAUGUCCAGAACCUCAAGAUCACUCGUGCCGACUUUAUGCACGCCCUCGAUGAGGUGCAGCCCGCUUUCGGUGUCGCUGAGGAGGAGCUCUCCGAGGUGAUCCCCCAGGGCAUCAUCCACUACUCCAAGAGCGUCGACGAGACACUCAAGGACGGUAGCCUGCUGGUCGAGCAGGUCAAGCACUCGGAGCGCACGCCUUUGGUAUCAGCCCUUAUCCACGGUCCGCCAGGCUCGGGCAAGACUGCCCUCGCAGCCCAGAUUGCUCUGCUGUCCGAAUUCCCGUUCAUCAAGCUCAUCUCGCCUGAGCAAGUCGUCGGCUACAGCGAGGCGUCCAAGAUUGCCCACCUGCACAAGAUCUUCACCGACGCGUACAAGUCUCCUCAGAGUGUGAUUGUCGUCGACAGCCUCGAGCGUCUUCUCGACUGGAACCCUAUCGGCCCUCGCUUCUCCAAUGGUGUGCUUCAGGCGCUCGUUGUGCUCUUCGGAAAGCGCCCUCCAAAGGGUCGCCGCCUCUUGAUCCUGGCCACGACGUCGAACCGGUCCAUCCUGACCGAGAUGGACGUCUUGUCCGCAUUCAACACGGACAUUGCCGUCUCGCCCAUCGACUCGAUCCAACAGGUCGAGAAGUGUGUGAGGGAGGUCAACAUGUUUGCCGACGAGCGCGACCUGCACCGGUUCAUGCAGCACCUCCAGGACGCACGAUUCGGCCAGGACGGUCGACCAGAGUUUCAGAUCGGCGUCAAGAAGCUGCUCACGCUCACCGAGAUGGCGCGGCAGGACGCGGAGCCUUCGUACAAGCUGGCGUCGAGCAUUGUGCGCGAGAUUGUGUAGAUGGUAGUCAUUUUGUCCCAUGUUUUGCGUGAUGUAUUUACAUAGAUACAGGAAUCAAGAA